AUGAGCUACUCCUACCCACGCAGCGAGAGCGCUAAUGCAUAUCGUUCCGCUCGUCGCGAUGGCUUGUUUGACUACUCGAGCAUGCUCGCACGUCUAACGCAGUCGAUACCAUCGUGGGCGAAAGACUGGGCAGCGGACCUCCACGCCCGCCGAAUGCCCUUGAGGCUGAGCGGGAUCGGAAUUGGAAGUGAUGGGGCUGGACAUCGGAUGAUCCUCUGGCGGAUCGGACGGCGCAUCUUCACCGUCGCGAACGCACUGAUACUUCUGUGGUUCCUUACGCUGUGGUGGGGCGAACGGACUGUCUUCCAGGACAGUCUGGAUGCAUGUGUUUGGGACCAAUGGGAGAAAUGGCCCCGGGAUGCCAAUCCUCAUCAUGUUGUCUUCGUCGCCGAUCCCCAGCUCGUCGAUCCGCAUACCUACCCCGACCGGCCAUGGCCUCUUUCGACCUUGACGGUCAAAUAUUCCGAUCAAUAUCUUCGUCGCUCGUUCUCGACUAUCCAACAGAAGCUCGGUCCGGACUCGGUCUUGUUUCUGGGGGAUUUGUUUGAUGGCGGUAGGGAAUGGGGGACGGCGUCGUCGACGAGUCCUGAGAAACGUUAUCAGAAAUACAAGGACUCGUUCUGGAAGAAGGAAUUCCAGCGCUUUGUGAGGAUCUUCUCCGAUCAGUUUCAUCUGGGCGAUGGACACGCUGUUGACCCUCGUGGUCGUCGGAUGAUUGCCAGUCUCCCUGGGAAUCAUGAUCUGGGCUUUGGAACGGGGGUUCAGAUUCCCGUCCGUGAUCGUUUCCAGUCCUUCUUCGGCAAGGGAAACCGGGUCGAUGUGAUUGGGAAUCAUACAUUUGUCUCGGUCGACACCGUCUCCUUGAGUGCCAUGGAUCAGCCCGAUCCGCAGACAGGCAGCACUGGCGCCGGUGCAGGGGAUGGAAAACAGCCCAAUGAGCAUAUCUGGCGGGAGACGGGCGACUUUCUGAAUGACAUGCAGCGACACCGCAGCAAAGCGGAGACGGAAGAGUUGGUCAUGCUACGCAACCAGUCGCAGUCGGGCACGGGUCGUCUCUUCAAGCACGAGGCCGUGGACGUCUCCGCGAAUGCGGUCGCCAAGGAUCCGCAGUGGGAGGUGGUCGGUCUCCCUACGAUUCUCCUGACCCACGUGCCUUUAUACCGCCGGCCAGCUACGCCCUGUGGUCCUUUGCGCGAACGCCAUCCACCCUCAGCAGAAGGGUUAGAAGAGGACGAGCCAAAUUCACUGACGAUCGCUGGCGGCUACCAGUAUCAGAAUGUCCUAACACCGACCAUCUCAAAGGAUCUGGUGUCCAAGGUUGGACCUAAUCUGGUCCAGGUCUACUCGGGUGACGACCAUGACUACUGCGAGAUUUCUCAUCGUGAAUUCAGCGGUUCACCCCGAGAGAUCACCGUGAAGAGUCUCAGCUGGGCCAUGGGGGUCCGACAUCCUGGCUUUGUGCUCACCAGUCUGUGGAAUCCGAUCGACGUGACGACGGGGAAGUCUACCGAGCGGGCGUCAUCCACCAUUCAGAACCAUCUUUGCCUUCUACCCGACCAGCUGGGUAUUUUCAUCUACUACGGCAUGCUUUUCGGCUUCACUCUUUUUGUGCUUGUCGUUCGGGCCGUUGUCGUCGUGGUGUACUUCCCACCGCCUCCCCCGGACACCCCCCUUCUCCCUCUUACGGAGCGCGAACCCUAUCCCUCUGAGCCCUCUGCUCCCUCCUACCCUCCAUCAUCGAGUACGUCCCGCUCCACACUUCCCUCUCCGCGCGGGCUGGCCAGUCGCGCGGUGAAUGCAGCACCUCCCCGGCCGCCGCCAUCCCAACCCCCGCAGGAUGCUUACCCGGGAUUAGCAGAGUACGAGGCCGAGAUGAACUCGAAGUGGAAGGCCCCGACGGGUCCAUCGCGGCGCACGCGCAGCACGACCCCUGUCAAGAUCCGUGGCGAGCUGAUGGGGUCGGUCCGGUUUGUGGCGGGUGUGGUGUUUACCUGGUAUUUUUUCUUGAUCUGGGGAUGGUAG